GAAAAAAUCCGACGAGAGACGCGAUCGUUAGAUCUUACAUUACGUCAACAAUGUCGCGUGUGCACUGGACUACCGAUCGUCAUCACCGUUUUGUUGAAGCUGUUGAAUUUCUUGGUGGCGAAAGAACGGCAACACCUAAGAAAAUUUUGAACUUUAUGGGUGGAAGAGGCCUUACUUUAUCACAAAUUAAAAGCCAUCUCCAGAUGUAUAGGAACAAGAAAGAAGGAGUAUCUGUAAAAGAAAGGAGAAUGAUACAGAAAAUGAAUCAGAGGCAGUCUCAGCAGUACCUUGAGAUCUAUGAAUGUAUUCCAGAUGCUAUCCAAAAUCAACAAAAUACUAAGAAGGUAACCCCAACGGAAGUAUCUUGCAAGUCUCUCUAUCAAUCUUCAAGGGUGGGAAAAAAUGAAAACAGAGACAAUGAUGUCAUAGCUUCUGGGGAUGGUACAAAUGAUGAAGAAGACAUGUCUCUUGAACUCACUCUUGGUCUCAAGUACUAAGUGGACUUUGGUUUCAAUUUUUUUUUCUAUGCUAGCUCCCUAUUUAU